AUGCAAGUGUUGCCUCUUUUGACGCCCAAUAACUAUAAUCUGAGAAAAAGACCAAGGUCAAGCGAGGAUUAUGAGACACAUUAUUUAAAAAAGAGAUUAAUAUCAUGUCUAACGCCCUUUAAUCCAAUACCUGAUGAACAGUAUACAGCCAAAGGUUCUCUUCCUACUCCACCUCACGAACAUUAUUCACCGCCAUUGAAUGCUAAACAUGACAUACAAAUGGAUGAUGAGUUUAUACUAGACGAAGAAGAAGAACAACAACAACAAGAAGAUUGCCCUAAAAACGAAACAAAUCGUUCACGUAUCAACAUCAUGGACAUUAAUGGAUCAUUGUUGCCCAUGGAACAAAGAUCAGGAGAAAGUAGAUAUCGCAUCCCUUCAUUUGUAUUAAAUCAUCAUCAUCAUCAACAACAACAACAAUCAUCUUAUAGGUAG